CAUCUACUCUCUUUAUGACAUUGAGCUUGUAAUCUUUGAUCUGUCAGCAGAAGUCAAGCAGUUGCAGUGUUGUGGGUUUGCAGUCUGCAGGUGUUUAUAAACUACAUCCUACAGGGACUAAUAACUGCAGCAAUGGACCAUCGAAUAACUAUUUGGAUAAAAGAAGAGAGAAAAAAUGACAUACCAAGUACACCAGGCUCCAUGGUCGGGGUAUACCCCUCCAGUGUGAAAAUAAAGGAAGAAUUGCAAGAUUAUGUGAAUGAAGAGUUACUUCAAGAUCCAUUGAAAAUCGUAGAGACUUGUUUCGAUGGAAAGGAAGAUGGAGGAAUGGAACUGAAUGCGAGUCCACCCGAGCGUAAUAUUGAAGUAUAUGAAGAGUUCAUCAGUACUGAAUAUGAUCCUAUCAGAGUUAAGAAAGAGGAGGAUUCGGCAUCUGAGAAUGAUUGUCUCGAUGAAUGUGACCCACUGAGCAUGGCAGAUUAUCAGGAGGGAGCAUCGGAAGGAAGCGUACCAGGCAGUAUACGAUUGAUUAAAACCACUGGUGAAGAAACAUGUCUCCAGGGAGCAACUGGUGAUGAGCUGGACAUUGCUGCAGAGAGAUCAGCACAUUCUGUAGGAAUUAGAACACCGAGGCAAGUUUCUUCCUCUCAGGAGGAAAUUGCCUUUUGCUCUGGUAGUAAUUACAAUUUUGAGGAAAAUGUCUUCACAUGUAGUUCAUGCCAGCAGUCGUUUCCAUCAAAAUACAGUCUCACAAUGCAUGUAUUCAUUCACAUUGAUGGAGUAGAGCCACCUGAGAAUAUCUGUAUGUGGUGUGGCAGAGUAUUUACCUCCCGUGACAGCCUCAGCAAGCAUUCUGUGGUGCAAAAGUUGAAAAGUCAUCAACAAAGCACUCUUUCUUAUGAAUAUGAUAGUCUCCAGUUCUGUGAAGUAAUGUCCACUGGCGAGACACCACACACAUUUGAGUUUUGUGAGGAACUGUUCACUCCAUCUGCUCAAGCCAAUAAAAAUACGCUAGCAUACACUGUCGAGAGGCCACAUAAAUGUUCUGUCUGUGGGAAAUCUUUCACUGCGUCUGGUUCUCUCAAGAAACAUAUCUUACUACACACUGGUGAGAGACGUCACAAAUGUGAUUUUUGUGGUAAAUCUUUUACACGGAUUUAUUGUCUGAAGACACAUGAAUUAACACACAGCGAAAGAACGCACAAAUGCGAAAUUUGUGGAAAAGCCUUUACUCAGUCUGGUCACCUCAAGAAGCAUGAAUUCAUACAUACUGGCGAAAAGCGUCAUAAAUGUGGUGUCUGUGGAAAAUCCUUCACGGAGUCUGGUAAUCUCAAGAAACAUGUAUUAACACAUACUAGCGAGAGACCACACAAAUGUGUUAUCUGUGGGAAAGCUUUCAUUCAGUCUAAUAGCCUCAAGAAACACGCAGUACUACAUACUGGCGAGAGUCGACACAAAUGUGACGUGUGUGGUAAAGCCUUUCAUUAUUUUUACCAUCUCAAGCAUCAUGCAUUAACACACACUGGCCUGAAACCACAUAAAUGUGACAUCUGUGGUAAAUCGUUCACAGAGUCUAGCAAUCUCAAAAAGCACGAGUUGAUUCAUACUGGCGAGAGACCACACAAAUGUUUCUGUGGGAAAUCUUUCACUAAGGCACGUCAUCUUAAGCAGCAUUUAUUAACACACAAUGGCUUGAGGCCAUAAAAAUGUGACGUUUGUGGAAAAGCCUUUAAUCACUUGUAUGUUCUCAAUGGGCAUGUGUUAAUACAUGUUGGCGAGGGAGCACAUAAGUGUGAUGUCUGUGGGAAAUCCUUUAGACAGUCUAGUAAACUCAAGAGGCACACUCUAAUUCAUACUGGUGAAAGGGCACAUAAAUGAGAUGUAUGUGGGUCAGCUGUUAUUCCAUCUAAUGGUUUCAAAGGCACACAUUAAUAGAUACUGAUGAGAGACCAAACAAAACUGACACCUGUGCAAAUGCCUUUCACUUACUGGUUAUCUUGGGAAGCAUGCAGUAAUAAAUAAUUACAAGACAUUAUAUAAAUCUGAAAACCAUAGGGAAUGAAAUAGGUGUUAUUGAUGAUAUUAAUAAAAAAGACAUUCUUCUAUGAGAUUCGUUUCCUGUGUGAAUU